UAGUAAACACGUGUGUAAAGUUCUAGUAUGAAUUAAAAAGUGAAAAGAAAGAUGCACGCGUCCCGCGCUUUUCGACGGAUAUCCGGUCUUCUUCACCAGAAAAGACCGGAGACAACUGUAGCCAGUCUUACAAAGGACGAAAUUGUAAUGCUGUUAAGACCGCCGUUUACAAAUUGGACCAACGCGAUUCGUGAGGCUGAGAAAGUGGUUGGAUAUCCCACGUCUUUCAUGAACCUUCGAUGUCUUCUGAGCGACGAGUUUUCAAAUUUGGCGCUGUAUUUGCGGAAGUUGGUAGGCAGCAAUCAUCUAGUCUUACAAACAGCCAAAAAUGUUCUAUACGGUGACUCGAAGAACCUUCAACCUUGGGGACUAAUUAUUCUUCUUCUGGCAAAAGCUGUCAAAACACGAUCAACACAAUCUAAAGUUGUAGAAGAACAACAGAGACAAUUGGCUGAGCUUACAGAAAUGAUGCGCACAGGUCACUUAAUCCACAAAGGAAUUGUAAAUGUGCCUUUCGCAACGCGAUCCAAAAACUCAGAAUCGGCAAUUUUCGGGAAUAAAAUAGCCAUACUUCUGGGCGAUUAUCUCCUUGUUACUGCAAACGCAAUGCUCGCUGGUCUAAAAAACGCUGAAGUGCUCUAUAUUGUAUCAACUGCUCUAAAAGACUUAUCAGAAAGUGAAUUCCUCGGCGAAAGAGACGAACAAAACAAACCCAUACCAGGUAAACCUAAAAACGAUGCAGCAGACCGCAAUAUUACAUUUACAACAACUUCUAUAAGUAUAGAUGAUGUUUUGGGCAAUCCUAGAAAAGAAUGGACUGCUAGAAGUCUGUUUAAUGGCGUCAGCUUGCUUGGAAGAAGUUGCCAAUCAGUUAUGCUACUUGGUCAACAGAAUAGAGAAAUUCAAAACAGUGCAUAUCAUUUCGGAUGUAACGUAGGCUUAGCUUGGCAAGCAGCUACCGAAAUUCAAACUUUAACAUCAGAUAGUAAAGAACAAUUUUGUCUAGCAAGUGCCCCAGUUUUGUUUGCUCUAGAAGAGAACCCAGAUCUUUAUAAGAUUAUAAUUCAAGCGAAAAACGACGUUCAGGACGUAGACUAUGAGGAUUUCAAGUUUAACAUUCUGAAGACAGAUGCGAUUGAUAAGACAAAACAUCUUUACGAUGAUCAUGCAAAGAAAGCUAUUGGUUAUGUUGAAGAUAUAUCUCAGGGCGAAACGAUAGAUGUUAUAAAGAAAUUAAUUAACACAUUUUGAUGAAUUUUAAAAUGUAGACAUAUUUUGCUCCUUAUUACUAUAUAAAUUAUAGAAAAGACUGUGUCAAAAUAGCUUGAUAAUAAUAAUCUAGACAUUGAAGAAAGAAUAUCAUUCAAAUUAAGGCAAUUUCUUGAACUUUUCUUACAAUAGUUAAAAAUUACCAUAAACUGUACAUUUUAAGAAAUACUAUUUUCUAGUAAAGUAAACAGAAAGAGAAGGAAAUAUUUUAUAGAGGGCAAACAAGCGUACGGGUUGAUGUUAAGUGACUUUUUAGAAAGGUGUCUUCACUUUAAUAACUUUUUUCUUCCACUAGAUGUCUUCAUUAAACUCUUAUUUAGGAUUUUCGAAGUAUAACAGAACUCUUGAUGCUUCUAGAAUUGAGCAUCGAACACAUAUUAUUAAAUCUUAUUUAUUUGUUUUAGAAAUAAGGCAGAAAUCUUGUAGCUUCAAGAACUGAGCUCAUAAUGAUUUGACUGUUAAUAAUUCAUUAUAUCUUUAUUCGAGCCAAGUUCUGUCUGAUUGUACAAACUUUGCUUAUUAAGAAAUUCGCCGUUUCGUGAUUGUUGCACAAACUAUAACUUAUAGCAUAUACAAGUAAUAUAACAGUAGCGUAACUACUCAGCAGUCCUUGAAAUUUAUACCUACGUCAGGGCGUAGUGCUAGGGUUGGCACAUAUAAAAAGAUUGGCUGGCCAAAAGAGCGACCAGUCUCUAUACUUUUAUAAUAAUAAUCUUUAUUGAAGCAACAGAGGCCCAUAUUUUGUAACUUACAGGCUUAAAAACUACGUAUGUUACAAUUUUUACGAUUUGCUUAAUAUAAUUAAUUCAUAAUAUGUAAUAACACAAAAUAACUUUGGAAACAAUCUGAGACAGCGUGUUUUUAUCGUACAAAAACUUGAAUGAAACGCUGCAAUAUUGGCGAAUACAGUUUUCCCGCUAUCAUAUUCAGGAUACUGUUUGACCUCGAACGCAGCCAUGCCAGGACGGAUGACGUCCUUUUCCUUAUGAUGGCAUAGAAAUCAUCCGUUCGUGCUUCAGCAAAUAUGCCUGACACCGAAUAAAACCGCGGCAAGCCCAGCAGCAUCCUGAAACUAUUUUUAUACUGCACCUUCAGUUUUGUCAAUUACUGUAUAGUGCUUAUAGACUUAAUUGUAAUGUCACGUACGAUAUAACAUACAUAUUUGUUAGAAAGAGACAAUACU